AGCUCCCCUCAUUGGCCGAUCCAGUACUUAUACCCCGCCCUUCCCUCCUCGUCUCAGGACACUGAUAAAGCUUCCCCUCCACACCUGCACCACUCAAUCUCUUAUCAAAGACCCAGAUAAUAAUAUUACCUCACCGCUUCCAUUCGAGGUUUCCAAACAUCAGGUCCAUGGGCUCCAUGACUUGCAGCAUUACCUCUUCAUUACUCAACGCCCUCACACCCAAGUCAUGGGGAAUUACAUAUGAUUCUGCAAAUACGAUUGAUAAUCCGCUCGCACUUCUUACUCUCGCGAUGCAUAACUUAUUGGUGAAACAACCUGGAGAUUUCGGAGUCAUGAGAAGGCCGUGGAUCCCGAGCUUUACUCGAGGCGAGGAGAUGUUUACAGUAGGUAUCUUGGUGAGAUUAUGAACUUGGGUAGGGAUUUGUUACAAUACCUACCUACUAGAGAUUGCCUAGCUUCUCGGAUUGGUCAAUCGAUGAGAGCCAACUUGGACCCCGCCAUUAGCUGGAUUAGCAUCACCUAACCAAGCCAACACAAUCGGAUCAAUCCAGGAACGCAUUUCCCAUUCGUACAGGACCUCCCCGUAUACCUAUCAUGAAUAUUACCUAACAGUAAUAUCAACGCUCUCUUCACUAUGACCGACAUCUCCAAAGCUCUCAUGUAAUGCACCUCUCGUCCUGCCUCGCAGAUGUAAGAUGUCAUCGGCCGAGCCAGAUAGCUCCCCACUACUUACUACUUGCUCGUACUUCACUCACUGCAGAAGCUGGGAUCAGAUCAAGCUUGCCUCGCUUCGAUUGGAUUGGGAUUGAGUUCGGUAUCGGGUUUGAUCUGAUCUGACCAACAGCUAGGAUGCCCGAGGGUGCGUAGAUUUGGGUAUCUAUCUUACAUUCGUGCUCUGCCUAUGAUACGCGCAGGAAGGAGAUGCACCAGUCGGCAGUGCCAGCACAGACACAGGACAAGACAAGGGGAAAGUUAAGUUGGAAGCAAGUGGCGCCUUCUUAAAAGGUAGUAUGCCUCUUGUCUCUCUUUUUGAUUUCCUCUUACUCGUCUUGUUACCUUUUCUCCCUUAAUCAAUCUCUCGGAAGUAAGAAGUAAGAAGCAAGUAUGAGAACAACAAUCCUCGGCGUCGCCGUCCUCGCAACCAGUGCACUGGCACAUGGUGAUCAUGAACAUCAGGUUCCUAUCGCUGGGCCGCAUAAGGCACUCUGGUAUAAUACACUCCCGGGAGAUGGAGGAACCCAGGCCGACUCGGUAUUCUCUGGUAUCUCGACAUUCGGUCGUCUGCCAUACUACCCAUGUCUCGCAUCCGACGAUGUGAAGUACGAUAUUGCGUUCAUCGGCGCUCCCUUCGACACCGGAACUUCCUACCGACCCGGCGCCCGAUUUGGGCCUUCAGGCAUCAGACAAGGUUCCCGCCGUCUCAAUUUAUACGGUGGAUAUAAUGUGCCUUUGGCUACGAAUCCUUUCAAUAGCUGGGCGACGGUGCUGGAUUGUGGAGAUAUUCCUGUAACUUCAUACGACAACACAUGGGCACUCACCCAAAUCGAAGAAGGCCACAACUCCAUCCUCACCCGCGCACCAGCAACAGACGCUCACAAAAAGGGGCCCGCAAAGAACGGCAAGACCCUCCCCCGCGUCAUCACCCUCGGCGGCGACCACACCAUCACUCUCCCCCUCCUCCGCUCCAUCAACCGCGCCUACGGCCCCGUGUCAGUCAUCCACUUCGACUCUCACCUCGACACCUGGAAGCCCAAGGUCUUCGGCGGCUCGCCCAGCAAGGUCGCCAGCAUUAACCACGGCACGUACUUCUACCAUGCUGCGCAGGAGGGCCUACUUGCCAAUGAUACGAAUAUCCAUGCUGGGAUCCGGACGACGCUGAGUGGGCCGAGUGAUUAUGAGAAUGAUGGCUAUUGCGGGUUUGAGAUUGUGGAGGCGAGGGAGAUUGAUACGAUUGGGAUGGAGGGUAUCAUUAAGAAGAUCCAUGAGAGGGUGGGUCAUGAUAAGCCUGUGUAUCUGUCGAUUGAUAUCGAUACCUUGGAUCCGGCUUUCGCUCCAGCUACUGGCACCCCCGAGACGGGCGGAUGGUCGACACGCGAACUCCGCACUAUCCUCCGUGGAUUGGAGGGCAUCAACAUUAUCGCUGCCGAUAUCGUCGAGGUUGCACCUGCGUAUGAUACCAAUGCCGAGCACACUACUAUGGCAGCUGCGGAUGCGCUGUAUGAGGUUAUGAGCUUGAUGGUGAAGAAGGGUCCUCUGAGUAAGAUGAUUGACAGUGAGGAGGACAAGGAUGAGAUGUAGAUGGCGCCAUGUAGAAGGGCAGUAGAUUGAAGUGAAAUUUGAUGAUGAGAGUAGUUGGGCAGGUUGGAGAUGUGGAGAAGAUAGAACAUGAGAGUAUGGGAUGAAUUUAAAGUAUCUUUCCUACCCCUCAAGGUUGUGUUCAGGUGACAGCUUUGGAAGAACCAAGAAGUGGUAGGGGCGACCGGUUUAGUCAGCAUCGCCAAAACGGGAAUUUGUUGUGUAACAAAGAGAAUGAUAAACCUCAAC